AUGGGAUUCCAGCAACCAAAAAAACGGCUGCCAGUCCUGCAGCCCACAGGUGAAGGACAGGAGCACCCUGUGCAGAGGAGCAGCGUGUCCCUGCCAGCUGCCACCCCUGCUCACAUCGCUGACAGCCACCGACAGCUCCAGCCCCACCUUCUGCACUGGCUGAAGACAUUCAGGUUUCCCAAAAACUCCAGGGUCACCAUCAGCGACUGUGUUUCCAGCAAUAACCAGGAUAGAAGAUUAAGAAAAAAUACUGCAAACAGAGCAGCAACAGUUAAGCAGAGCAAUUCAGUAGAGCCAUCUGAAAGUGUGCCCACCAAACUUCAAAGCACUGACAGAAGGCAAAGCAGCAUCAUGUUUGCUAUGAAAGAUCAACAGAAAGGUGAAGAAAUUAAUUCCAUCAAGCUCCAUAAACGCAGGAGGAGGUUUAUAAUUAAAAAGAGCCCAAUUCUGAUUUCCAUGAACAGCUCCAUUCUCAACCUGCCCACACUUAAAUAUGAGGAUAGAAACAACAGCAAGUGGAAAAGUCUCUAUGAGAUCCAAGGAGAAAGGAGGCGGAUUAUGAGAGAAACCUGUUCAAAAUACAAGAGUAAUAACAGAAGAAUAAUCACUCCCUAUCACGUGUCUAGAAUAUUUGUGGAAGAUAAAUACAGAGUUUUAUACUGUGAAGUACCAAAAGCUGGCUGCUCCAACUGGAAGCGGGUGCUGAUGGUGCUGAACGGGCUGGCCUCCUCCACAAAGGAUAUCCAGCACAACACUGUGCACUACGGAAACUACCUGAAACGGCUGGAUGGGUUUGACCACAAGGGGAUUUACCACAGGCUCAACACUUACACAAAGAUGCUCUUUAUUCGUGAGCCUUUUGAAAAGCUGGUAUCUGCAUUUCGGGACAAGUUUGAACAUCCAAACAACUACUACCACCCAGUCUUUGGGAAAGCCAUCAUCUCCAGGUACCGUGUCAAUGCCACCAAAGAAGCAUUAAGGACAGGCUCUGGAGUCAAGUUUAAAGAGUUCAUUCAAUAUCUCCUGGAUGUACAUAGGCCAGUGGGUAUGGAUAUACACUGGGAUCAUGUCAAUAGGCUUUGCAGCCCAUGUCUAAUAGACUACGACUUCGUUGGGAAAUUUGAAAGUAUGGAAGACGAUGCAAACUUUUUCUUGCACCUAAUUGGUGCUCCACAAAAUUUAACUUUCCCCAAGUUUAAAGAUCGUCACUCCAAUGAAGAAAGAACUACCACUAAAAUUACACAACAGUAUUUUGCACAACUUUCUCCUUCUCAACGACAACAAAGCUAUGACUUUUACUAUAUGGAUUACUUGAUGUUCAACUACUCAAAACCUUUUGAAGAUUUAUAUUAAUUUGAGAGCCUGGAUAUUUCCACAGUCUCAUCAGUUGAAUUGUGUGACAAAUCCAGGUGGCAUCUGUUUAUAUAUAUUUACCUGUUUGCAAACAAUUGGUUGAAGAGCAGGGAAGAACUCAAACCAGAAUAUAAACAGAUGUUGAUAACUUCACCUUGAUUGCCUCCUUUUUCAAAUCAUACUUUUUUCUAUAAUUUCUCCACAUGAAGUCUAUGUAUAUAUAUGUAUAAUAUGUCAGGGCCCCC